CUAUCAUUGCUCAUGGUACACUCCCCGGAUCACAACCAGUGCAAAAAACCGGGGAAGGUCAUCGGGGAGACUGGGAUGAUCCACCGGGGAGGCUGAAAUACGGCUAUGGGAUCGGUAAUAGCUGUCCCUCUUUCCCUUUAAGAGAAGAGCGGGGCCCCGGACUCCAAAAUGAGAGAUAUUCUGCUAUGAUUUACCCGCCAUCCAGGAAUCUCUCCACGAGACAUACAAUCUACCAUGAUGAACACAACACUCCCCCUCAUCAUCCACGGAAAAGACAUCGUCCUGCCCAACCAUGACCACCACUACCCCAUCUCCUCGAACUCCGCACCCCAGCUCACAGCCUUCCAAGGCGCAACUCCCGAACUCGCCAUCCAAGCCGUGGAAUCCUGUGCCUCUGCCUUCCCGACCUGGUCUCGCACAACGCCCUCCCAACGGCGUCAACUGUUAUUGAAUCUCUCUUCGCUCCUCAAAACCCACACACCCACCAUCCAAACCCUCAUCGAAGACGAAAUCCACUGUCCCCGCCCCUGGAGUGACGAAAACAUCGCCGCGUCAAUAGGCAUGAUUGAAGAAACGGCCUCGCUGAUCGCAGAUACACUAACGGGAACAAUUCCCCCCUCGAACGGGAAUACCUACGCGCUGGUGCUCAAGAAACCGCUUGGCGUGGUGCUGGGGAUAGUGCCGUGGAAUGCUCCGCUGAUAUUAGGUCUGAGGGCUGUGGUUCCGGUGGUUGCGGGGGGGAAUGUGGCGGUUCUUAAGGGCUCCGAGCUGAGUCCCCGGACGCAUCAUUUCAUUACGGCGCUGUUUCGGGAGGCAGGGUUUCCGCCAGGGGUGGUGAAUUUCGUUCUGCAUCGGCCGGAGGAUGCGGCGGAGGUGUAUGAGUGCAUGGUUGAGCAUCCGGCGGUGAAGAAGUGUAAUUUUACGGGGUCGACGGGGGUGGGGAGGGUGAUUGCGGCCAAGGCGGCGAGGGCGUUGAAGCCGGUGUUGUUGGAGUUGGGGGGGAAGAAUUCCGUGGUGGUGUUGGAGGAUGCGGAUUUGGGGCAGGCCGUGGAGGAGAUUGUCACGGCGGGGUUUUUGAAUAAUGGUCAGAUUUGCAUGUCUACGGAUCUGGUGUAUGUGGUUCGGUCCGUGGCGGAGGAGUUGACUGGGAGGAUUCUGGAUCGGUUGCAUAGUGAGGAGAGACCACAUAGGGUGAUCUCGACGGCGAGUCGAGAUCGUCUGACGGCGCUGGUGGAGGAUGCUCGGUCCAAGGGCGCGGUUAUCCAUCAAGCUCGUAACCCCGUCGCAGAGGAUCCAUUGGCGUUUCCGGCGACGGUGAUUGAAGGUGUCACGCAGGACAUGGAUUUCUAUACGAUCGAGUCAUUUGGUCCGGUCUUUGGCAUUAUGGUGGUUGACUCGGAGGAGCAGGGCUUGCAGAUGGUCAAGGGUUCCGUGUAUGGACUUUCAUCGGCAGUGUUUACUCGCGACCAUUUCAAGGCACUGAAGAUGUCGGGAGACAUUGCCGCAGGAGCUGUCCAUGUUAAUGGUGGAACCGUGCAUGAUGAAGCGACGCUGCCUCAUGGCGGCGUGGGAGACAGCGGAUGGGGACGGUUUGGGGGGCGAUGGGGCUUAGAGGAGUUCUUGCAGACGCGGACGGUGGUCUUGAAUAAGUGCCGGGCUUCUCUGUAG